CCUUCGUCUUUCUGAUGAAAUCCUCUUAUGAAGGGCCCGGCUGUGUGGGCUGUGCGAAGGAGGAAGCUGAGCUGUUUAAGUCAGUAUCUAUAGUAGUGAGUUUAUUUAUUCCAUCUGCGUUUUAUUUGGAAUUCCUAUUUAUGUUUCAGCCGACCAGUAGCACACUGAGCUAACUGAUUGGCCAAGGAAGGUGUAGAAGCUGAGUUUCUGUAUUGUUUUUCUAAGUGUAGCUCGGCUGCUAUUCUAUUGUCACCCAAUCCAGCAGCAUUCGAUUUGUGCACAACGGCUCGAAACUGGAAUCAGAUUAAGUAUCCGGACGGAGGACAUGUUCCGGCUGUCUAGCCUUCAUUUCGACCUGCCCUCCUCCCGCACCGUCUCGUCUUCUUUCCGCCCGGUGUUCGACGCUGCGAGUCUUCUUCCAGGCAGGCCCUGUGCCCAGGAACAAGACACGAGUGUCGGGGACAUGAUCAUCAUGGUCGGAGGUGCGCAGCGGCUUCCAGGACAGGCGAAGUGGUCCGCGCCGCCCCCGGGCGCUGCUAACUAAAAUAAGCUAAGCUAAGCCAAGCCGUCCGCGAGGAGAGGCGAAAGCUUGGGAACCGCAGCGAGGCGACAUGGUCAUGGACAGAAGCCACGUGAGACGAGGCGCGAGUGAGUGACAGUGAGGCUUUUUCCCGGGAAGGCCCCUUUGGCUUGGCCGGUGCGCGCACGGCCACGGGGACUGUUGUCCUUCGCGAGGCGAAGGGGCAGCUGCCAGCUGGGUGCAAGCGGUCCCCCACUUGGCUAAAAUGUUCGAGUAAUAACGUGCUAUUUAUUUUUAUUUAAUGCUAGUUUGGUAGUUGGGAAUGAUUAAUCUGCAUAUACUAUAGGUAUAUAAGUAACUAUAUUUUUAUUUUUCCUCUGUAAUUUUAUACCAGCCUAACUAAGCAUAUGCCAUAUAUGCGACAAGAUUCAAGAUAUACUUUUCGUUCUAUAUUUUUAAACAGAACUGCAGGCACUAACCUAACCGGACUUUUUAAAUUAAGUCUUAAUUUAAGAGCAGAGAGAAUCGGGAAAGCAAGAUGUUGCGGGGUGUUAAUUCAGACGAGCUGUGUUCGAAGGAGACCGUCGCGCCGGUUGUGCCCUCCGCUUUCAGAGUGGCCUCUCUGGGGCAGGGCGGCCAGGAGAGCCCGUGGCUCGGACUGCUCUCCGCCGUUUCUAGGCCCGCCGUGUCUUUCCUAAAGAAGUGUUUGCCGGAGCGCUUGCGCACCCCCGCCUCGUUAGGAGGGCUCUUCGGGGGGAUCGCAGAGGAGCUGACUCAAAGCGUGGACACGGAGGGCACUUUUUUAGUGCCGCACCUACCCUUCCUGCAUUCCCAGCACGAACCCUCGGGCUUUGGCGGUUUUGCGGUCGAGGCUCCCAGCUGGCUCGGACCUGACUCCCUCCACGAACUGGGUGUUCACAGCAUCCAAGAGGCGUCCCCACCUGGAUACCUGGCCAGCGCGAAACAUUUCCUCACCCAUAUUUUGUCGAAUUCUGGUCAGAGGGAAGUUAGGGACGGCUGGUCGGUGGAGUCUCUACCUCCAAGGGUCAAGAGUCCUUGGUGGAGUGAAAUUUGGGGAUCCGACAGCACUUCCCACAGCUGGCUGUCCCACUUCUCAUGGGGUACAGCGGUGCAGCAUUGUGGAGAACCUGGCAGAGGCUGUCAGCAGAUGACAUCCAGCGCAGCCGGCACCGUUUCCAUGCCAACCAAACCAUCAGUAGAGUGUGAAUUGAGGGCAUCAAUGCUGGGCGAAAGUGCUGGACCCUCCUGUCACAAUAGACAGGCACAUGACGAUAGCACACGCAUGGCCAGACCCGAAUCUUUCCCAAGCUUGGAACAGCCCCUGUUGGAGCUACAUCCCACAUCUGCUGGUGUGGUAAGCAUUGUCACGACCUGUCACAGUGAAGUAGCAGUACUUACUCCAGAUCAGGACAAUGGCUACUCGAGUUUGGAAGAAGAGCACUCAAACAACAGGUUACAUGUAGUGAGACCCCUUUGUCUCAAUGAGGGUAGCAUGGAGGCCAGUGGUGUUACUGAGGAGCAAGCCUGUUGUCCUGAUGGUGGGCUAAAUGAAUUAUCAUUGCCAGGGCUGGGGGCAGGAGGGAGUGAUCGAGGGACUGAGGAGAGCGAGGAUUCAGACACUGACUCUGAGGAAGGUGAGCCCCCCUCCCAGGAGGAGCCUAAAUUAGAGACAGAGGUGGAAACACAGGCUUUACCUUUCUUGCCCACACCCAAGUGCCAGAACAAAGCCAUCGCCUACAUCAUGGGCAGUCCCUGCAGUGAGGAGAGUGGGACAGAGUCAGAGGGGGACCAUGACUGGGACAGCAGUGGUGGUGGUGAUGAUGAUGAUGAUGGCUUUGACAGCGAAGGGGCAUCUGACUUUUCAGAUUCUGAGGAUUUGGAUGAUGAGGACAGUGAGGCAGAUUCCGAAACAGAUGCUGAGGUGGAGAGGCUGUGGAGCUCCCUUUGCCAGAGCGGGGACCCUUACAACCCUUGUAACUUUACAGCAACCCUCUGUACAGCUUCAAAACCUGCUCCAGCAGCCAGUGCCUGUGUUUUGUCAGCAGAAGUGGAGUACCCUCCUUCUCCUUGCACCUUAAAUUCCCCAGCCUGCUCCCCCAGGCCCCUGACAGUGGAGGAUGAGUCUGAGGAGGAGAUCAGCAGUGUUCUUGAUGCAGAGAGCCUUCAACUGUGGAAUUCCUUCAGCUCCCUAUCAGACCCUUACAACCCCCUGAACUUCCAGGCCCCUCUAAGGACUCGACAUUCAGCCCAGGGCCCACCCUCCACCUCAUCCUUGCCACAACUGAAGGAGGCAGAGGAACGGAUGGACAGUGGCUUCUCGGAGGCUGUCUCCCUGUCAGAGCUACGUUGUGCCAAGCUGAAAAAGGUAAGGUUUGUUGAGGAGGUGGAAGAGUUCUAUGCCAGCAGUGAUGAAGAUCGGCGGGGACCAUGGGAGGAGUUUGCCAGGGACCGCUGCCGUUUCCUUCGCCGUGUGCAGGAAACCGAAGAAGUCAUUAGCUACUGCCUGGCCCCAACCUUCCGCCUGUUAAUCUUCCAGAGACUGUACCAGAGUUGUUGAGCUGAGGUUUUUUUUGUGUGUGUGUGUGUGUGUGUGUGUGUGUGUGUGUGUGUGUUUUUUGUUUUUGUUUUGAUCAGUUUAGUAUAAUUUUGUUGACUCUGGAGUAAGAAACCCAACAGCAUACUGCUAACUAAAGUUCUAAGGGCUAAGUAGUGAGUCAAGAAAUAUUGCCUGACCCUGGUGCUUGGUUUUGGUUUCCAAGUACAUUUCUUCAGGAGAGUGUGGUAGCUGGAAUGGCAUUUGAAAAGACCUUCUUAAUUGCCUUCCUCCACAGUGUGAAAUUAAUAAUUGCCUCUGUAAUGCCAUCUUUUAUCUUCCUCCCCUGCAUCUAAUCAGACAUGGUAUUUUGUUUCAAACUAUGACAAGAGAAAUAUAACUCAACAGAAACUUGUGUGUGUCCCGUAUUGCUGAAAUCUGGCAGCACUAUCAAAAGCAUGUGGAACUGCUUUUGAAGUGGGAGGAGUGCUAAACUGCACUUGUUCCAGGUGUAUUUUUAGGUUUACAGAAACUGUGCCAAAGGAUUGUAUGGUAUUGCAUUAACACUAACAAAGGUGGGGCACACAUAGUUAUCUCAGUCUCUACAAAAUAAAUAACAAAUGAAAAAUGUAUUGUGCACAGGUGCAAUGAGUCUGUCCUUCUCCACUACCAUGUUUAAUUGAUAGUAUUACAUAAAAUAUUUUAAAGCCAAUGGAGAAGUCAUUUGCCUAUAACAUAAAACCUUUAAGCUGUCAAAUUGCAUAUUUCAGUUAAUUUUGGAUUUUGCCAGCCACUAUGUACUGUAAUUAAAUAUGACUAGACCAAAUUUGUUACUUUUGUUUUCCCACGUAACUUCUAUGGAGUAUCAACACCAGAAAGUGUUUGUGGCUUAAGAUUAAUUGUUCUGUUAAUGUGUUUAGAAAUAACUUUUUUUAGCUAAAUCAGAAAUGCUUAUUUUCCAGUUUGAAUAUUUCACACUGAUGAAGUUAAUUUAAUGGAGGGUUAUUUCUCUGGACUGAAUCUAUAGUUUUUGACUAAUUGGUUAAGGUUUGACUUGAUGAAAGGCUGUGCAGAACAAUGUUACCUUAAAUAUUUAGAAAGUUAUUUGGAUAUAGCCCAACAAGUUAAUAAAUCAUCACAUCAAGUUUUAUUUUUGUAAAACUCUUAGAAGUAUAGUGCUUCUGCAUAUUAAUAUUUUGUGGAAGAAAAAAAAUUGCUGCUUCAGUAAAU